AUGUCAUUCACGCGAAACAACAUUAUCCUCAUCGGCGACAGCGGUGUGGGAAAGACAUCCCUUUUGCGGCAAUUCACUGAUAAUAGAUUCAACGCAAACGAGUUGACAACCCAUGGCGUGGCCUUUCGGUCCGUGGACUACAACUAUGACGGCUUGCAGUUAAAGAUAGCCCUUUGGGACUCGUCUUCGUUGCCUCAAUACAGACAAGUGUCACGUCUUUACUAUAAGGACGUGUCCGCAGCCCUUAUUGUCUAUGAUGUGACCAAUAGGUCUACAUUUGAUCGGUUAAACAACUGGAUCAAUACGAUCAGGGAACACUCAAAUAUACUGAAAUACAUAGCAAUUGUGGGCAAUAAACUGGAUUUGCGGGACCGGUUUGAGGCCAACCACGUGACCCGCAAAGAGGGCCUGGAGUUUGCGCAACGAAAGAAUGUCCAGUUCUUCGAGAGUUCCGCAAAACUAGACAUAAAUAUAUCG